AUGUUGGCGCAUGCAGAGGAGCCCAAAGUGCCAGAAGCAGUGCCGCCCGUGGUGAAGGAGGAGGACACCGAGUCCUCCCGCUCCGAGCGCAUCCACGGGUCCGAUCGCCCGAGGACCCAAUCACCCAAUCCCCGAUCGGAUCCUUCGGAGCGGCAAGAACAGCCGAAAGGCACAGACGGGCCCGCGCGCGGCCUCUCCGAGGUUGAGAGCUGCGAUGACCUGGACUUGCAGGUGGAGGAGAUCGCCGAGCGACUGCUGCGGAACCUCUACUCCGAGAAGCUGGGCAUCCAGGAGUUGAUUUCCCUGAUGCGCCACUUCCAGUGGUCCAAGGACAAGAACCAGUGCCGCAUCCACCAGCUGCUGAUCUCCAUCCUGCUGGACGACUUCCAGUCCUUCCCCGCGUGGCCGGAGAAGGAGCUGAUGCUGACUGGCGAAUUCCUGGGCCAGCUCAUCCGCUGGGACCUCAUCCCGGAUGGCGGGCCUUUGCAGUUUGCCCUGUGCGGCAUUCUGUCCGCUAUCAAAGAGCCGGCCGGAGGUCUGUUGUUCAGAUUCGGCCACAUGGCUCUGAAGCAAUUCCUGUGCAGGCUCGCCAACCACGAUGUGGCGACCCAGCUCAGCCGCCAGAUCUCCUCGCCGGUGCCAUCUGCACCGCCCCCGCCGGCACACCCACCCUCAUGCCAGGAGGAGGAGGACCUGAAGCACGAGGAGCGGUGGCUUCUCAUGAUGCUCCAAAAGCAGGCUGGGCAGGUGGGCCUACCUUGGCAUAUGGUCCAAAGCAGCCUGAAUCGUCAGCUCUUCAUGCGGAUGAUGGUGCCCCAGGUCUGCCAGCUCCCGCCAGCGGCACGGCCCAGCCCGGGAACCGGAGGCGCCCCGGUGGUGACCUGGAUGUUUGGCAACGCUCCGAAGGCACCGCCCAAGCAAGGCACGUUGGCGUGGCAAGAGGAGAGGCGUGAGAAGGAACCCAAGCCCAGUAAAACCAAGAAGCCGGCCAAGAAGAAGGCACAGGCCUCCCAGGCAGCGCCUCGCCUGGGGCGAGUGCAGCUGCCAGACUUCCUGGAGGUGGACGCGGAGUCCAUGAAGUUCAAGUUGUCGGAGGACGACUUGGGACCGCAGGUGCCUGCUUCGGAGCCAGAGGCCGAAGAUUUGGACGAGGCGGAGGCUGAAGAGCUGGCUUUGCUCAAGGAGGUUCUCGGAUUCUGA